AAUGCAUAAUCAACAACGUAAAACACAUCAUUUUAAUUAAAAAAGGGAGGUUUUGCUUUGUUUCUUUUGGUUUUGUUAUUUAGCGGAAAACAAAAUCAUGAUAUUUUAUUUUCUCUGAACUGAACUUUAUCAUUGCUUUGGCAAAUUUAAGUUAAUAAAAAAAGAAAGACUUGUUGUGAAUUGUGAUGUGUUGGGUUGUGUGUAUGUGUAGAUGUCAUGAAGUGAGUCCCCACAUCAACUCACAUUCACAAAUAUGGAAUUUAUUAUGACUCCACUCACUCACUCUACUCACCACAUCUCACCUCUUUUUACUAGUUUUUCUUUCUCAUUUUCUAAAAGUAACAAAAAAAUAGACCCCAAAGGCAGUCUUUGUGUCCAGUUCACCAUGGCAGCCGUCACACCUCCUUCCAUGGCCACCCCAAAACUCACUCCCACACUGGAUUUCCCUAUUGGGUUCUCCUCAAGUUUUGAUUUUUUCGGCCAUUUCAGACCACCCAUUCGCACUAGGACCUCUCAACUCAACAAUAACCUACUUCUCUCCGCCACAAAUAGCAACAAUGCUGUCUCUAUCACUACCUCACUCUCACAACCACUACCACCACCUACUAUCUCUAAGGUGAAACGGCAUACGAUCUCUGUGUUUGUUGGGGAUGAGAGUGGAAUAAUAAACAGAAUUGCCGGAGUUUUUGCUCGGAGGGGUUACAACAUUGAAUCCCUUGCUGUUGGGCUGAACAAGGAUAAGGCCCUCUUUACCAUUGUUGUGUCUGGAACUGAGAAUGUAUUGCGCCAAGUUGUAGAACAGCUCAAUAAGCUUGUCAAUGUCAUCAAGGUGGAAGAUAUAUCUAGGGAGCCACAAGUGGAACGAGAACUGAUGCUUAUCAAACUUAAUGCAGGUCCAACUACCCGUGCUGAGAUUAUGUGGUUGGUGGACAUCUUCAGGGCAAAAAUUGUGGAUAUUGCUGAACAUUCGUUGACGAUUGAGGUCACCGGAGAUCCUGGGAAAAUGGUUGCUGUCCUAAGAAACUUGGCGAAGUUUGGAUUCAAAGAAAUUGCAAGAACUGGAAAGAUUGCUUUAAGACGAGAGAAGAUGGGUGAGACAGCUCCAUUUUGGAGAUUUUCUGCCGCUUCUUAUCCAGAUCUUGAAAGUGCAGUUACUGUUAAUGGUGCUGUAGAAAAAAAAAGUCAUUCACCUGAUAUUGACAGUAUAUCAUCAAGUGGUGAUGUUUAUCCUGUUGAGCCUUACGAAGACUAUAUGCUGAAUCAAGUUCUUGAUGCUCAUUGGGGUGUUCUCUAUGAUGAAGAUUCAACUGGUGUUCGGUCACACACUUUGUGUAUGAUUGUCAAUGAUCACCCUGGAGUACUGAACUUAAUUACAGGUGUAAUAUCUCGAAGAGGGUAUAACAUCCAGAGCCUUGCUGUGGGGCCUGCCGAAUUGGAGGGGCGUUCUCGUAUAACUACUGUUGUUCCCGGUACUGAUGACUCUAUUGCCAAGUUGGUUCAGCAGCUUUCCAAGUUAAUAGGUCUUCAUGAGGUUCGGGAUAUCAGUCACCUACCUUUUGCGGAGCGAGAGCUAAUGUUGAUAAAGGUUUCUGUGAACCCUGCUGCUAGGAGAGAUGUUCUUGAUAUAGCCAACAUUUUCCGUGCGAAAGCAGUUGAUGUGUCUGAUCACACGAUCACCCUUGAGCUUACUGGUGAUUUGAACAAGAUGGUGGCACUGCAGAAGUUAUUAGAGCCUUAUGGUAUUUGUGAGGUUGCAAGAACCGGAAGGGUGGCACUGGUACGAGAGUCGGGCGUUGAUUCUGAAUAUCUGCGGGGAUAUCCUCUUCCAUUGUGAUCAGUGAUCAGUGAUCAGCAGCAGAUUCUUGUUAGCUUUCUUUUUGUCGAGUGAGUUGUUGUAUUUUGAUGUAGUCUGUAAUUAUCUAUCUCUAUUGUUGUAUUAUUAUGAUGGAUUUUGGUUUUAAUUUCUCAAUGCCAAAGAUAAUAAUAAUAAUAAUAACAAUAUAAACUUGCAGUUUUGCAAGAAUACUAUGAAGGCCUAAUAAGAAUGGUGAUAUUGUUGAUA